UUUAGGAGCCGGGAGAAGAGAAAGACUCACACAGAGACACUCCAGCCGAGCGAGCUGGGAGGAAAAGAGAAGGUUGACUUGCAACCCCUUCAGGGUUCACCACUGAACACCACCGCUCAGCACCAAGAAAAGAGCUCCUGUUCCAGGACCUGGGAAGGGGACACUCACCGAAGCAGCAUUCCUGGGCUCGUCUUUGUGAAUCCAAAACAGGAGCCGGCAAAACCAAACAAACAGCGGACAGGCUGUCAAUGAGAUACCUGCUGGCAAGAGUGCACUGCGAAGCAGAACACCUCUGUCAUCAGCACCGCACAGCCCGGGAGAGAAGUUUCACUGAAAUGUGAAGUUUUGCAGUAUCCUCAGAGAGUAAAAUCUCACCACCAUCAAACUCCUGAGGUUCCUUUUCCCUGGAAAAGACCACCAACACUCCUGGAACACUCUUGAAGGAAACUCUCCUCUUUUACCUCUCUCUCCCUCACACCAAGGAGGGACAGCAGGGCGAACACGCACGGAUAUAUGCAUUAAAAAAAUCUCCGUUUUGUGCCGUGCUUGGAAAUUUCUGCAAAACUGAGACUGUACUUCUCUGAGCCACGACCGUGUGUCUCGAAUAACCGGAAGGGCCCUAAGGGGGCUGUCUGUGGAGGGGUACCUGCAUUGCUUCUCCCUCCAGGACCUCACUAUUCCCUCUGACAAUGGAGGACCACCUUUCCAAGAUCUCGAUGACACCGUCUCCUCCCAGCGACUCUCCAGUCAGCACUGGCUUGGACGAGAGCCGAGGAGUUAAAAGCCCAGCCCCCGGGAAGGCCCUGAGCCCCGCCCUGCUGUGUAAAGUCUGCGGGGACACCAGCAGCGGCAAGCACUACGGGAUCUACGCCUGCAACGGGUGCAGCGGCUUCUUCAAGCGGAGCGUCCGGAGGAAACUCAUCUACAGGUGCCAGGCAGGGACGGGCAUGUGCCCCGUGGACAAAGCCCAUCGCAACCAGUGCCAAGCGUGUCGACUGAAGAAGUGCUUGCAAGCUGGCAUGAACAAGGAUGCGGUGCAGAAUGAGCGACAGCCUCGCAGCACUGCCCAGGUCCGCCUGGACACCAUCGACGUGGACACGGAGAAAGACCACCUGACCACCACGCGGGAGCCCACCUCCUCCUCCUGCUCAGUCAUCACCCGGCCCCUCAUCACCUCCUCCGCCCCGUCCCAGCGCUCCGUCAGCCCCCAGAACAACCAUCGCUUCAUGGCCAGCCUCAUGACCGCGGAGACCUGCGCCAAGCUGGAGCCCGAGGACGUGGAUGAGAAUAUUGAUGUAACAAGCAAUGAACCUGAGAGGGCUUCUUCAGAGUACCAGAUGUCCCUGUACCCACCCAGCAGCCCCGAGAACGUGUACGAGACCUCUGCCCGCUUGCUCUUCAUGGCAGUCAAAUGGGCUAAGAACCUCCCGGUUUUCUCUAACCUGCCUUUCAGGGAUCAGGUGAUUCUGCUGGAGGAGGCCUGGAGCGAGCUGUUCCUGCUGUGUGCCAUCCAGUGGUCCCUGCCCCUGGACAGCUGCCCCCUGCUCUCAGUGCCCGAGCUCUCCCCCAGCCUGCAGGGCAAGACGAGCUUUUCAGGAGCCGACCUGCGCGUGCUGCAGGAGAUCUUCGGCCGCUUCAGGGCCCUUCCUGUGGACCCCACUGAGUUCGCCUGUCUGAAGGCCAUCGUGCUCUUCAAACCAGAGACCCGAGGCUUGAAAGACCCAGAGCAGGUGGAAAACCUUCAGGAUCAGUCACAGGUGAUGUUAGGCCAGCACAUCCGGACCCACUACCCCAGCCAGCCUGUCAGGUUUGGGAAACUGCUGCUGCUGCUGCCCUCCCUGCGGUUUGUGGCUUCUGAGAGGAUAGAGCUGCUGUUCUUCCACAGGACCAUUGGAAACACGCCUAUGGAGAAGCUGCUCUGUGACAUGUUCAAGAACUAGAGACACCCCAGGAAAAAGACGGCCCUAUGGGGUACCCCCCGCUCCCCACCCCCGAGGCAGGCAAAUGCACUACAAGGCUUAGAAAGACACUUUGUUUAGUAAUUUGCAGCUGAGAUGCACUGUGAAAAGAAAAGAAAAAGACAUUCAAAGGUUGUCUGCUUAGAACCGUGGCUGUGAUGAGCCAAUCAGACUGGACUUGUAUCCAGUGAAGCAGCCUAAGAGAAAAGACCCAGAGAUGCCUGUGCGAGGCAAAACCGGACCCAGGUAAUCUGGAAGAGUUCUGAAAGAUGAUCUUGGACAAUGCAGGUCUUGCCGGUAUUUGAACAUUUGCAAAGACCCGGAAUGUCUCUUCAAAACUCAACUUGCUACCAUUAAAGCCAUGAGCCAAGACCAGCUUUACUGGCGAGCAUGUGUAAUUUUAAACAUCACUUUUCCUUUCUGUGAUUAGUUAUUUGUUUCUUCUUUUUUUUCCUGUAUAACUUUGUAUUGUGUUCUGUUAAAAUUAUUAAUUUCUUAUAAUUUCAGACACAUACAUACAUUUCUGAUUUGUAUAUUUGUUGUGAUGCCUAGUCCAGGCAAAACUCGGAUCAUGCCUGUUCAAUUUUCUGCUAUUUUUUUUUUACAUCAACAAAACAUGGGAAUAUCGGUACACAUUGUGUUACUUGACCCUACAGCAUAGACACAAGCAGUAUAUCAAGGCACAGUGCAGAGGCACUGGAAAAAAGAUCUUAUAUGAGAGGAUCCAAACUUUAUAUGAUCAAAUCAGAGUCUAGGUUUUCCCAGUACAACAUCUAAUCUUUUAUACUGUAUGGCUGUAGGUGCUUAAAGGGGCUUCCAACUUAACUUACUAGGUCAGACUUAAUGUGGUGUUUAAAUCCAGCUCUCUGCUUCCUUAACAGAUAAAAAGUGAAACUUUAUCAUUUUAUAUUGAAGAACAUCAAAUUUCAUCCUCAAAACUGCUUUAUAGGUUCACUUCCAAAGGCAUUCUUGCGCAAAGCAAUUUUUUAACUCCUCAGCAAAGUGAUCAAAGAACAUUUUGAUAACCAUUUACAUUAUAUAUAUACGUGUUUAUAAUUUUCUUUGUAAAAGAAAUGUCCUGAUAUUGAUUACCUUUGUCUAAAUAUUAUUAAAUGUGAUUGUUGUUAAAUGAGCUUUGUACUGAUUUAAUUUUGUUUCCUCCCAUUCUAUGAGCAAAAAAACCUCCACCAGCAUAGUCAAAGCCAAAGUAAUGUAACAAAUAUAGUACUGGUAUGAAAAACCCAUUCCCUAUAGGAUAGAGCCCAGUGGAAGUAUAUAAAUAAAUAACUGAAUAAGCACA